GAGCGGCUAAAAGGGAAAAUUGAAACGCGCGCAUCAUCACUUUCACUUUCAUAUAAAAAAGAAACCUCUUUCUAAUUCAGCAGUAAAGAAUUAAGGCUAAACCUCCAUCAAACCUCCAUAGCAAAACCUUCAUCAGCCGCCACUCCACCGCCGCUCCACCGUCGUUCCACGUCCAUCUGCAGUACCAAAAUCGUCUGCUAAGCCACCUGCAGUAAAUUGAGGUUGAUGUCAAAAAAGAGAAAGCAAGCAAGUGCUAAUGAGGCCUCUGAAACUGGCGAGGCUGAAGAAUCUGCUGAUUGUGAGAAUCGAAGGGGUCGUACAGUAGCUGCAGUAGUUGGAAAAGCAUUUCUGAGUGGUGUCAAAAUCCCUUUGGAAUGGAAUCACAAUAAAGUGCCAUUUGGGGAAAAUAGAGAUAUUUUUUCAUCAUACAUUGGUGUAAUUGUUCGUGAAAGAGUGAAUAUCAAUUAUCGCGACUUGGAGGAAGUUCCAAAAGAAGUUAUUGAUGACCUCUUUAAAUUCAUUACGAGAGGAUUUAUAGUGCCGGAAGAACGUAGAAAUUAUGUAUUAGGGAGAGCUUCAAUCCAGUGGAGAGCUUUCAAGGCCAGAUUAAGAAAGGAUUGGAUGUACGACACCAAGGGAGUAAAUCCAAAUGUGAUUAUAAAGAAGCCACCUUCGAUAUAUCCAUUUAUAACACAACCUGAUUGGACCAAGUUCAUUGAAACAUAUACUGAUGAUGCGUUUAAGGAACUAAGUGACAAGAAUCGAGAGAGGGAGAAAAUGAAUACUUCAAGAUAUCGAGGAGGUCGAAAAGGGUACUUCUAUUAUGAACAAGAGAUUGCUGCUGAACUUCAGAAACAAGGAGUGCAAGUUAGAGACGUGUCUCGACAUUUAGUUUGGAUAAGAGCUCAUUCCAGACAAAAAGAUGGUGCAAUGACCUUUGACAAUCCUGCUGAUUUUGAAAUAACUCAAACAAUUAAAGCAUUGGAGGCUCAACAAAUCCAAGGAGAAAUUGAGGCCACUGGCCGGAAUGAUAUCCUAGCGAGAGCAUUAAAGAAUCCUGAACAUGGUGGUUGUGUUGGGGGCGUUGGGUCGGGUGUUACAAAUAAGCUGUACUUUGGCUACAAUAAACCAUUACCACAAAGUCAAUUGCAAUCAAAUCUCAAGUGUCUCAAAUCAAAAUUAGAAAAUGUGGUUAACACUCAAAAUUUAUUGUUGUCUUACUUAAUGUCAAGUGGUCAGGUUAACGCGGAGCAAUUGAAAGAACUUGGUGAUUCAAGUGGAAACCAAGUUGCCCAUCAGUUAGCGGGUAUCCAAGCUGGUGGAUCUGGUGGCCAAGGUUUAGAUGGCCUUGGCUUGGGUCGUGACAGUUGGCUUCAAGGUCUUAGCUUCCAACUUGCCUCAGAGCAAAACAAAGUUACCCAUCAGUUAGCAAGUGUCCAAAAGGGUGGUUCUGGUGGUGAAGAGUUAGAUGAUCAUUUAGAUGUCUUUGGCUCCAAAGGUGACCAAGGGGUUCGAGGUUUCAACUUCCAAGAGCAGAAUUUUCAAGCAUGUGAGGUUCAACCCGAGCCAUACCAUGUUGCGUGGCCUGAGGACGAAUAUGUGCUAGAAAAUGAGAAUUUGGAAACGCAUGUACUCAAUAAUGAACAAGACAUUACUGGCCAACCAUUUCCAAAGGUAACAUUAUUUCAUAAUACUUAUAUGUUUGAUGUAAGUACAUAUAUCCUAUAUUCUUCUGAUGGUGUUAAAUUAUAGACUACUACAUCUUAUCAAUCUUGAAAAAGUUUAUUAAUACCAUAAUCCAUAUUUAUGGAGUUGAUAGUCUUUGUUCCUUUGCAAUUAAGAGUGACAAAGGGGUCGAUAUAGUUGCUAUUGGAUAAGUGUAUGUUGGGAUGGAAGGAGAAGUUGUCAAGCAUCAUUUCAAGCCCGUCCCAAGUGGUCAUUAUCGAGUUUGUGUUAAAGAAGAAAUCAACCUAAAUGCACCUUUGCCAUGUCCUGAAGGGGAGAUAAGAUUCAUUUGUCAAACUUUAAAUUAUUAUUUAAUAUGGCCUUCUCACUUGGUUUUUCCUAUAAAGAAGGCUAAUAAGCAAGUCACUAAAGAAAUCGCUGCACCAUCUCCACACUCGCCAUCAUCACAAUCAUCAUGCACUCGAAAGUACAUAAUAACUCAUGCUGAUAAGUUGAAGUUGACUUCUAAUUUGGUUCGAGUAUUUAAGGAUGUGGCUAUUGCAAUGAAAACGAGUGGUAAAACAAAAUCUUUUACAGUUUUGGCUAGAGUACAGUGUUUCAAAAUGAGCAAUGUGUUACCCUUGAUUAUGAAGACAUGCUUGACUGGUGCUUCCAAAGAGAGAUAAAAUCGUCACACAUGUCAAUUUUAAUGAUGUAUAUGAGUGAGAUUGUUCAUACAGAAGGUAUCUCAGGGUUGUAUGGAUUUUGUGAUUGCAACUAUCUAUCCCCGUAUGCUCCAACUGUGGAAAAUGACGAUGAUCGAUGUGACUAUCUAGCUAGGCUAUUUUCAUGUAAUGAUGCCAAAAACAAAAAUCAGCUCUUCUUUGCCCCGUAUUAUGAGGAUGGACAUUGGAUGUUGGUUGUUAUUUGUCCAUGGGUUGGUUUGGUGCAUUGGCUAGAUCCCGCGGGAGUAAAAGAUGAACCUCCCAAAUUUGCUCAAACAAUAAUCAACAAGGCAAUGAUCAAUUUUAGCGCGGGACAUCGAAAGGAUAUCACAAAAAUAAAGAAGAAACCUUACAUUAAAUGGAUAAGCAUAGAGUGUCCUCGUCAAGCUACUGGCUCUAGUGAUAGUGGAUAUUAUGUUUGUCGCUACAUGAUUGAGACAAUUGAAUCUAGGCAAAUGAUCAUCCCCGACAAGUAUUUUAAGCAAGUUCCUCAUACAUAUUCUCAACAAAUGAUUGACGAGCUUAGGGAAAGGUAGAUUUCAUAUGUUACCGGAUAACAUCAACCAAAUGACGACGACGAUGAUUUAUGUGAAUUGUAGAUCAAUAUGGUAUUGGUAUAUUUUGGGGCAUCAAUUUUUUUUUUAAAUUUAACAUUAACUAGAAAGGUUUUUGAUAUUUAACUCACGUAUUUGUUUGUAUAUAACAAAUUUUGUAUGAAUGAUUCAAUUUAAUUGUGGUUGGAUGUUUUAAAUUAUAUAUAUGAAGUAUAUUUUGAUGGCUUUCGUCGUA